AUGAAGCUCAUUAGUGCUACCCUUGCAUUCCUGUUCGGCGCAGCUCCGACCCUAGCGGCCGUUGGUGGUCGUUGUUCAAACAACUGGGGCGAUGACUGCAUUUGCCUCGACCAUAAUGUAUGCCGCACUAGAUGGGGCGGUAUUGCGUACACUGGAUAUCCCGGUAAUUGGCCUUGCCCUAAUGACCCGGACAACAUCAUGGCGUGCGUCAUCCCUGACUGCCCGGGCCACGGCUCCGGUACUCAGUGCCUAUGGAGAGAAGGUUGCCGGUCUUUGAACGGCGAUCGCGUUUGUCCGGGUGGAAACGAUUUUGUCUGCUGCAACCACAACUACCUUGGCGGCUAA